AUGGAGCAAAGAAAUCAAAAUAUCGUGGACUAUAACGAAAGUUUGCGCAAGAUAUCGAACAGCUUGGAGAAUGCCCUUAAGACCUUUGGACCUUCCUCAAGGCAGUAUCAGACGAUACUUGAGAUGUUGAAAGAAUGUCUCCGGGACAUUGAGAACGAGAGCCAAAAGCAGAGCAAAGCCCAGGUGGUUGACGCAGACAUGCUAAGCAUUGCCAUGGGAUUUUUAGAGAUUGGGAAAUAA